ACUAGAGACUUCUGCCACAAUGAAGAAGUGGUCUCAGGGCAGCUGUCCUAGGAACACAGGAUGGGCAGUGCUUAAAGGAACAGUGCUAAAAGGAGCGAGGACUACAUCCGGCUUACAUUAUUUCUGGAGGCUAUGGCCAGAGCUGCACCAGAAAGGCUGGAGGCCAGCUGCCUUCUGCAGGGGCUAGGACAUCAGUGGGAAUCUGGUUUGGAGCCAGACUUGGUCAUACUCUGCUUUUUGGCAAGGACAGCCAGGGAGAUGCUCCUGCCAGCCAACCCCUUCUGGGGGGUCAUUUGGAGGAGGUGGGUUCAGGACUUCUGCUGCUCUUAGAGCACAGAAUGGGGGUGAGGGCAUAUGGAGGGGAGAUUGGCAAUGUGUGCUCUGCAGGAAGCUUUGCAUAAGCAUAGCAGGGAAGGUUGUGCAGAGCAUCCAGAAGUCCUCAAAACCCGCUUUGCUCCUGAGGGUAGUGCUGGGAGUAAGUAGCUGUGGCCAAGCCUGUGUUUGCAAGACAUCUGAUCCUGCCAUGAAUAAUUCAGGCUCUUUGUUGGGGCUAAGACCCAGAUCCUGGGCACCUGGUGUUCUAUUUCUGUGUCCUGCAUUGCCACAGCUUUUCUUCAAAGCAGUGUCCUUAGCUCUCACAUUCCCUCACAGAAAUACUGUUGGAGUUGGGGGAAGAGUGGAGUGGUUGGAGAGACAGUGACUGCUUUCUGGGGAAGGGAGACUGGAGAAAUCUAAAUUCAGGGGCUCCUGAGGAAAGGAGGCAGUGCAGGGUGAGGGGAGGCCAAGGACCAGCCCAGUUGGGGAGAGGGAGGAGUGUGGGGUCUGACUAGUCAGUGGUGGUAGGUCAGCCCCCGAGUCUUAGAUCCUUUCUGAGGUCAGAGAGAAGGGAGUGAGCAGCCAUGGUGACAGCUGCCCAGCCUGAUCAGGAGCCCUUGAGUGUGGAAAAGAUGGUAUAGUACCUCAGAGCGGUGCCCUGGUGCUGGGUGGGCAGCCAGCACUGCAGCAACACACACAGGGACAGAGCUGACCCAUUCAGGCUCCUAUCUAAGUUGUGAUGAUUGGACCCCAAGUAAUGAGCCCUGGGGAGCCCAGCCCACUGUCACUAUGGGGUGGCCCUGAAAGUAUGGACAAGCAGCCCAUCUCCUAAAAUGAAGGUCCUCUUGGCGGCUGCAAAGGCCUGGCAGUGUGUGAGGGGCAGCAGGGGACUGGAAUGACCUCUGCCUGCCUAAGGCAGCAGACAAGCCUGAACAGGAAGGAACACCUGGCAGAAGGGUGCUGGGGCCCUGGCUGGAUGGCAGGAAGGACCCAUACAGGACUCAGAAGUAGCCAGCCUGGACCCCUGCCCAAUGCCCAGACCUCCCUUGAGCUGCUUGCUUGUUCUCAUCUAUUUUUUUAAAAGGUAACCUUUUAUGAUGUUGUCAGGAAAAUAGCUCCUGAGUUGGCACUGCCAAGUCUGCAGCCAGCCUGGGGCUGGGGUGCAGUGAGGUUUGUACCACUCUCAUUGGGAGCAGGAAGGGGUUAACAUGGGUGCUCCAAGCUAUUAACUGUGUGGGUGCAUGGGCUGGCCAAGUCCAUGCCCCAUGCCCACAGCCCCACAGUGAAGCGGGACCCUCAGCAUCACCAACACAUCACAGAAUCAGAGGUAGGGCUGAAAGGGACCUCAAGAGGUCACGUACUCCAACACCCAGCAGACUGAAAAUCCACCCCAUCUGCUAUGAGCAAUGCUUCUGUUUUCUCAGCUUACUUUGCAAGUGGGGCCUAGGGAACCCUUGAUGCAUCCUCAGUCUGACCCAUAUGCUUACGAGAAGGGUAAGGGUCGUGUAUUUGAGGGCUGAGAGGCAAGAAUGGUGGAGUGGGCUGGAGGGGAAUGCGGGGAGCAAGUGCUCAGGAGCCAGUGUUCAGAGCUUCUUAGGAAUUUGGUCCCUGAUGGCAGUCAAGCCCACAGCAGCCAGACAAAUAUGUGUUAAGACACCUUGAAUCCCAGAGUGCUCCCUGCCUCGGCCAGUCAGGGCCCUGCUGAAUCCCACAUGGCAAGAACCAGGCUCUGUACCAAAGAGCUGGCAGUUGAACUAAACUAUGGGCAGGAAAGGAAACUAAGCCAGCCAGGGCACUUAGACCAUCUCUCACUCCUUAGCUGCAUAGUGCCUGGCACAAGGUGGCCCUGAUCCUGGGGGCUCUUAAUGCUGCUAGGAGCUUUGCAGUUGCAGUGUCCUAGAAGAAUGUGACUUGCAUGAAUAAUUGAAAGCUACCAGGCAUAUCAUGUUGGUCUGAAUACCCUUCUGGAGCCAUCAGCCUUGCAAUGAGACCUGUACUGGCCUGACCUGCUACUUCUGUUCUGCAUCUGAAAGCAGCCAGAUCACUCACAGGUGAGGUCUCUGAUUUCCGUAAAGUCACGCCAGGGAAAGAGUGAAAGAGAGAGAGAGAAACCUUCGGAACAGUUGGUCACGUGGCUUGCAAGAGACAGCCUUAAGCUGGUUCCUGCCUCUUUGCUGGGCUCACAACACAGCAGCAGCCAUGACGCCCAUAGCCAAGUCCUUUUACGACCUCAGCGCUAUCACCCUGCAAGGGGAGAAAGUGGAUUUCAACAACUUCCGCGGCCGGGUGGUCCUGAUCGAGAAUGUGGCUUCACUCUGAGGCACGACGGUGCGGGAUUACACCCAGCUCAACCAGCUGCAGGCCAGGUACCCCCGGCGGCUGGUUGUGCUGGGCUUUCCUUGCAACCAGUUUGGCUACCAGGAGAACUGCACCAACGAGGAGAUCCUGAACAGCCUGAAGUAUGUGCGCCCAGGUGGAGGCUUCGAGCCCAACUUCACCCUCUUUCAGAAAUGCCAGGUGAAUGGGCAGGACACCCACCCAGUCUUCGCCUACCUGAAGGCCCACCUACCUGCCCCCGUGGAUAACCCCGCCGCCCUUCUGACAGACCCGCGGUUCCUGGUGUGGAGCCCCGUGCAACGCGCAGACCUGACCUGGAACUUUGAGAAGUUCCUGGUGGGGCCCGAGGGCGAGCCAUUCAAGCGCUACAGCCCCAAGUUCCAGACCAGCCACGUGGAGCCUGACAUCCAGCGCCUCCUCAAGCUUGCGAAGUAGGGGGCUUGGCAGGGCAGGAAGGGAGCAGGUGGGGUCCAGCCACCCCUGCUAAAGGGGCUAGCGCCAGCCCUCCCUAACUCUCAUCUCAGCAUGCAGUGUGCCCCCUGCCAGGGCUGACAGCAGCCUUUUACUGGGUGACGGCCCCCUUCAUAAACGCCUUGGGGAGGGGGGCCUGAAUGGGGUGAAGGGCCUGCGUGCCUAGCUCUCUGCCUGCCAGCGGGGCACCUUGUGCAAUGCUGAGUCCAAUAAAUGAGCUGGAAAUUA